UGAGACUUCUCUCCCAGCCCUGGCAGUAGAACCCAGGAAUCCUGACUCCCAGUCCCCUGCUCUAAUCACUAGAUUCCGCUCCCAGACCUGUGGAAGGAACCCAGGAGUCCUGGCCCUGCCCCUUCCGACAGAUUCUGCUCGGAUGUCGAGGGCGACGUUUCCACCCCUCACAUUGAGCGUCCGCAUUUCAUCCGGAGCCACCGCUGUGCAAGGGGCCCGGUUUGCAAAGGUGCUGAGCUGUUGUGGUUUGCGGCUGUUCAUCACCUUCAGCAAAGCAGGUCACGUUGGGCACCAAAAUCUGAGAUCAAGGAGUUUAAUUCUGGCCUUCGGGUGUGAAGCACAAAUAGAAGUGAUCCCGUGUAAGAUCUGUGGGGACAAAUCGUCAGGGAUUCACUACGGGGUCAUCACCUGUGAAGGCUGCAAGGGGUUUUUCCGCAGAAGUCAGCAGGGCAACGUGACGUACUCCUGCACCCGCCAGCAGAACUGCCAGAUUGACCGGACCAGCCGCAACCGCUGCCAGCACUGCAGGCUGCAGAAAUGCCUCAGCCUGGGGAUGUCCAGAGAUGCCGUCAAGUUUGGCCGCAUGUCCAAGAAGCAGCGCGACAGCCUCCACGCCGAGGUGCAGAAGCAGCUGCAGCAGCAGCAGCAGCAAGGCGGCGAGGUGGUGGCCCCGGCCUACUCCCUGGGCCUGGCUAACGGGCAACUCAAGCUGGCCUCCCCCGCAGACCUGCUGGAGUCCUCGGCCUGCUCCACGGCCCCCCUGAAUGGACAGGCGCGGCUGAGCCAGUCUCCGGACGAGACGGUGGCUCUGGCCUACCCCAACGGACUGGCCAAGGGCCACAGCCGGCUGAGCGACAACCUGCGCGGCCCCUUCGCCAGGGACUACAGCCCCGAGCGCAUCAAGAUGGAGAGCAGGGCCAGCGUCUUCUACGCCCUGGAGAUGCAGGCGUCACCAGACCUCUCCCGGCUGGACAUCGGCGGGGGCAAGCGGGGCCAGGCUGGGAGCGACAUCGGGGAGACUGUCGACUUCUACACGAGUCCCAACUUCACCAGCAUCCUGGAGUCGCCCAAUUCCUCGGUGACUGAGAUCGAGCUCCUGACCCAGAAUGUCCUCAAGUCCUACCGGGAGACCUGCCAGCUGCGCCUGGAAGACCUGCAGCUCCUGAGGCUGGAGACGUUCUCGUGGGAGGAGGUCAGGAGCUACCAGAAGAAGUCCAUGGAGGAGAUGUGGGAACGCUGCGCCUGCCGCAUCACGGAAGCCAUCCAGUACGUGGUGGAGUUUGCCAAGCGGAUGGGCGGCUUCAUGGAGCUGUGCCAAAAUGACCAGAUCGUGCUUCUAAAAGCAGGCGCCAUGGAAGUGGUUCUGGUGCGAAUGUGCCGUGCCUUUAAUUCGGAGAACAGGACAGUCUUCUUCGAGGGCAAAUAUGCAGGCCCAGAGCUCUUCAAAUCGCUCGGGUGCAACGAGUUGAUCAACUCCAUCUUCGACUUCGCUCACAGCCUGUGCUUGCUGCGUUUCUCGGAGAACGAGAUCGCCCUCUUCACCGCCCUGGUGCUCAUCAACUCAAAUCGGCCGUGGCUGCAGGAGAAGGGCAAGGUGGAGAGGCUCCAGAAUAACCUGGAACUGGCCUUUAAACACAUGUUACGGAAAACCCACCGGGAAGGCAUCCUGGCCAAGCUGCCGCCCAAAGGGAAGCUGCGCAGUCUGUGUUACCAGCACAUGGAGAAGCUGCGGUCCUUCCGGCAGAUGUACCCCAUCAUCGUCCACGCUGUCUUCCCCCCGCUCUACAAAGAGCUCUUCAGCUCCGAGUGCGAGCUCCAGGGAGCAGCAGCAGAAUGAUCCCCGUGCGAGGCCGGUGCCCAGAGACCGACUCCCAUCUCGCACCGGUCUGUGGCCCCCCGCUGCCCCGGGAUGGGAGGUUGGUGGGGGGAGGGUUGGACCACAUUAGAACCCGCUCCCUCCUAUCCCCUCCCAAACAGGGGUGCGGUGCAGGAGGGGGUGCGGCCUAGUGAUCAGAGCAGACAGCUGGGAGCCAGGACUCCUGGGUUCCAUGCCUGCCUCUGCCACCAACCUGAGCAAGUCACUGCCCCUUUCUGUGGGCCUCGUUCCUCUCUCUACAAUGCAGCGGGGAGGGAGACACCUUCCCACACACUCCAUGGGGGCGGGGGGUGAUGCUUAAAUAACCGUGUGACGCUCUUUGAGGUCUCAGCUGGCAGGUGCUACCAAGGCGCAAAGUAUUACUGGGGAGACGCCCCGAGCCGAGACCCCAGUGGGACGGAGAUCAAGGAGAUCACCAGCUUUUGCUGUAACAUAUUCAGGGCCAAGGAAAACACACUGCCCACCCCAUUACUCCAGUGACUAGCAUCUAGAGACCGGCCCGGGUAGUUCAAAUACCUCAUUGAAAACAAUUUUUUUUUUUUUUCGUCUCCUUACAGUUUUGUGGCAGGAGAAUUUUUAACCAAGCUGUUUGAAAAUAAUAAUUGUACAUAACACAGAGAUCUAUUUUUAACCGUUUGCCUUUACGUCCACUCUGCAGCACCAGGGGACCAGCCCCCACCCGCCCAAGCUCUUGUAUUUCUUAUUAAUGUCUCGCAAUUGACCAGACAUUGCAGCGGGUAGAAAGUUUGGUGCCUGUGUCUGCCACUCUGCUGCCCCCUGCUGGGCAGAAUCCCUGUCCCCAUGAAAUUCUCAGGGUUUCAAACCCAAUAAUUUGCUUUUACUCACCGUAAAAUAUAUAGAGAUACUGUAUAAAGUUAAUAUAAUAAAAGGCUGUUUUUUAAUGUUAAGGCUAUUUUUGAAAAGCAACAAAUUCUAAUUUUCUUAAGUAUGGGGCUGUCACGGAGCGAGAGCUGAUGGUUGUUUACAAGGGGAAUGAUUUUCGAAAUUGCCUUUUUCUAAAAGAGCUUUUGUAACCCAGUGUGUGUAAAACGAUUCGGAUUGAAAAUAGCUGGGGGUUUGUACAGCUGGGAUUCGGAAGGACAGCCACCGCUACAGGAGUCCGUCCGUGGACCUCAGCCGGCUUUGGAUCAAGCCAGUAGAUCAUGAAGGCACAAUCUUAACUUCAAGGCCACAGUCGGUCCUGCUGAUUUCACGGGCCACUGCCCCAUAGACGCUGCGUGACAUCGCUGUGAGGGGACUGCUUGGUAAAAUUAAGCACUGCGGAGGGUUUGCAGAAUCAAACCCCACGUUCCUUGUCUAGGCUCUUCCCUUGCGCACGAGCACCGUGGAGCAAAGCGCAAGGAAGGACCUUGGUGUUUGGCCCCUCCCAGCCAAGUCCUGCCCGCUAAUGCUCACCACGCUCGCACACGCGUCUGACGAUGGGACACGACCGCCAGGGGCUGCAAGGGAGAGCCCAGCAGCCGAGGUAUUUCACUGAGAGGGCUACGGUGACGUCAGGGCCGGACUACGCUGCAAGGAUGGGGGGUGAUUGCAGCUUGUGUGGACAUACCUGAGCUAGCUUGCGCACCCAUAGCAGCCAAGGCAAAGCAGUGACCCACAGUUCUGGGCGGGCUCAUUUUGCCUCUGCUGCUCCGGUACCCCAGUGAGCUCGAUCAAAGGUGUAUCUGCACACGCUGCCAUCACAUAUCAUACAUACAAUCUCAGGGUUGGAAGGGACCUCAGGAGGUCAUCUAGUCCAACCCCCUGCUCAAAGCAGGACUGAUCCCCAAUUUUUGCCCCAGAUCCCCUAAAUGGCCCCCUCAAGGAUUGAACUCACAAGCCUGGGUUUAGCAGGCCAGUGCUCAAACCACUGAGCUAUCCCUCCCGCCUCCACACCCUGGGAUUGCAGGGCAGACACACCCAAAGUGUCUGAGUUCCAGAUGCCCAGCUGUGGCUAGGGGGGUAAAGGGCAGCUGUGGGGAGAGGCAUCAGCACAGACCAAGGUACUACCCUCAGUUAGUCCCUGCAUACCUGCCUCUAACUUGCCUACCUUAGUGUCCUGUUUGCCUCCUCAGCAUCUGUCCUGCCCAUGUGAAUCCUUCGUCCUGCUGGAAGCACUUUGCUUGUAUGAAAAUCCAGGGAUGAGGACACAGCGAUAGCUGGCAGGGGAGCAGAAUUCUUUGCGGGUCGUCAGUCCCAAAACAAUCGGCUUGAUGAGCCGUCUCCUCUCAACUUACACUUUUAAGAUUAUUCAGCAAGAGCUUUACAGAAAGGAAGGUUGCACGUAGGUUGUCACCAGACAGGGUGCGAGUUUAACAGAGGCCUAAUUAAUGAUGGGAAACGUGCAUGGACUCCAGGCUUUUUGUCUUGCCGGGUGGGUGCUGGGCUUGGACGGGUCAGAAGUACAGAAUUCAUGGAGGAGACGGCCCAGCUAGCGAUGCGGUAAUAGCCAAAUUAGAGCCGCCUGCGAAGUGCAAGUUAUUUAUCGUAGGAAAUCUGUGGCUGUGGCAGGGAAUCAUUUCCCACCCCCCUCUCCUGAAGUUUCUGAUCAAAAUGUUUCCAGUUUUUUGUAGAAAAACCAGCCCCCACCCCAACUUAAAAACAAACCCACACAGAUAUUCUGGUUCAAAAUGAUCAACAACAGGGAAAGGGGAAAUUUUGACUUUUUAGACAAAAACACUAGAAUUUUUUGACCAAAAUCUUGGUCAAAAGCCAUUUUUUUAAUUAAAACCAUUGGCCUGGUUCUAAGCGAAGCCAGCUCCGGGUGCAGACUCAGCCAGCUGCAGAGCUACCAUCUAACACGACCUUUUUGCCAAGAGGGUUUGGUUUUGAGUCGACUCCUGGAUUCAUUUGAUAAUUUCAGCAUUCGCCGCACGCUGCUGACACAGCGAAUACAACCUAGAAGACACAGCCCCGUCCGCUGCCAGGGGAAGUCUUCUGCAGUGGCUAGAACACAGAACUGAGGAGCCCUGGGUUCGAAUCCUGCCUCUACCACACUCACAGUCAUUGCACACCUGCUGGGGUGGAGCCUGCCCGUCUGCUAUGGCUGGGCGGCCUCUCGGCAGCAAAGCAGGGGUGGGUUGGCCGGUUCCCUGUUGCGGCGGGCAGGUUCUUUGGUGCUGGAUUGGACCCGAGGUGUAGCCAUGCUGUAGAAGCCCUGAUUUCCGGAAGUCACUGGAAGUCAGUGGGAGCAGAAAGGGCUCCACCAUCCCUGAAAAUCUGUUGGGACACCGGUAUACACACAUGGGGACACUCAGGGAAUAUUUUGUCUUUCACAAGUGCCCAAGGGCUUGAUUUUUAAAGGUGUGUAGGCACCUAACUCCCUUUGAAACCAACAGGAGUUAGGUGCCUAAAUACCUUUAAAAACCAGGGCCUCAGGGACGUAGGAGCCUAAGUCCCAUUUUCAAAAGGGACUUGGGCACUUAGGCCCAGCAUCUCAAAGAGAGCUCGGCACCUAAAUACCAUUGGGGAACUGGGUAAACAUCCUUCUGUCCCGCUGGUGUGAAUCAGGAGUCAAUUCUGUUGAAGGCCAUGGAGAAACCCCUAUGCGAAACUGGUGUAAGGGAGAUCAGAACCUGGGUCUUUAAGGGCAGUUCACCCCAGAUUUGUAACAAACACCCAACUUCCUAAGCACGUUUGAAGCUUGCACUGUCUGGAUUCCAGAGGAAUUAAAUUCAUUGACCCUCGAAACCAUCUGCCUCUUUAAGAGCGUCACUCGGACAGUCCUGUUUUCAGCAUAAUAAAAGACAAUCAGACCCUCUCUGGCCUGAGGUCCUUUCUGAACAUCUGCUAGCUUGAUCCAGAGCCAACUCUUAACCCUGCAACCCAGGGGAUCUGCUUCACCGAUCCGUUAACCUCUUUCCAUUCAUGUCUAGUUUACUGUUGCUUUUUGGUUGCAUUCUUUUAGUGUAAAAUAAUAAUAAUAAUUCAAUACAUCUAACCUGCAAUAGUGUCAUUUUGUAAAAUUGUUUAAAAUAUUUAAAUAUUUUGUCAUGACAGGUUUGUAAAUAUGUGAAAGUUGUAAUUUUUUUUAAUAGAGCAAUCAUUCUUUAAACAAAAAAAAAAAGGGUUUUAGUUUUCGUUUAAAUUAAUUAAACUUAUGGUGCAUUUUUGUUUGUUUGUUCGUUCGUUUGUCGCCCAGGGUUAUAUGUUUACUUGCAAGGGUUUAAAAAAUAUAUUAUUCAGAAUGCACAUUGUAAUGAAAAAUUUAUUGAAAAGUGUCCAGUUUUCUCUGCUAUUUUCAAUAAACUAGGUUGCCAAGAAA